AUGGCCCGGCCAAAGCGCGAAGCAUCGACUUCUCCCUCACAAUCUGCCAAGAAGGUAAAAAAGGAAGAACCGGACGAUGCAGUGCGAUCGCCCUCUACCUCAAAGGCAGAGACCUCUGUAGCAUCCUCACUCGCUCGCUGGGACCCUUCUGUCAAACUUCCAGAUGAUGCCAAUUGGCCGGCCCCUGCCUCAGACAUGAAGAAGGCGAAGAACUUCAUCGAGCGGCUACUGCCGGGUUCCGAAGACUCCCUGAACAUCACUUCUGAUCGGCCGCUUGUGAUUCUACCGGACAAAGAUGCGGACGGUUUGUCCUCCAGCCUGAUCCUUCAUCGUACGCUGAUCCAUCUUGGCCUCUCCGAAGAAUGCAUUGUGAUACACCACCUCAGCAAGGGUACGAAUCCUGCCUCUCACAGCGAGGUUGAAGCGGUCAAAGCCCACAAGCCUCGGGCCGUGAUUCUUCUGGAUCAAGGCAGCCGGCCUGGUCCACCCCUCCUUGGCGAAGGAGAUGACACACCGGUAAUGGUCAUCGACCAUCACUUCCUCAAACCAGGAGAAGAAGGUCCACAGGGCUCUCUGAUGAUCAAUGCGAGCCACUCUCCGCCAAUUGCGACUUCGUCUCUCCUUACCUGGACGAUCUGUCGGCCGCUUUGGCAGGACCCUGCCGAAGCUGAAAAGGUCAUCGAUUGGCUAGCUGUGUUGGGAACUGCAGGUGAUCUGAGCGUCAACGUACCUUGGGAUCCACCGUGGCCAGACCUCGCUCCUGAGAUGAAGAAGUGGUCGAAGAAGCGUAUUGGGACCGCGAUUGCUCUUCUCAAUGCCCCUCGCCGAACUCCUGACUUCAACGUCUCCCUGGCAUAUCGCUCGUUGUUGUCUUCUACAACACCUCUAGAGCUCCUCGACCCUGCACAGAACAAGCAAGCUCGCGAACUGUACGCAUUACGCUCCGCAGUGUCGGAAGAAGCCGAGCGCUGUACGCACACCCCUCCGAAGUUCGCAAAGGACGGCCGUCUGGCUGUGCUCUUCAUCGACUCGCCUUUCCAGGUACAUCCCGGUAUCGCAACACGGUGGAGUGGAGCUCUGAGAGGAGCCAAGAAUCUCCAAGUAGUCAUGUGUGCCAACAAGGGCUAUUCGCCUCAUGGGACCCACACACACUUCUCCUGCAGAAGGGCCGGAGCCGCACUAAAGAGGGGCGAGAAUCCCAACAUCAUCGAACUACUUCAUGAUUACGCCGCUCGAGAUCCGACCUUCCUGAGCGAUGUCGUCAAGGUGGAAGCUGAGCUGGAAAGGGCUGGUAGUGGAGAGCUUAGCACGGGCGACGAAGAGCCUCCAAAUGUAGACGUCAAGACUGAAGGUGGCGACGACGAGUCUAAAGCAGUCGAGGCUUUGAACUUCGCCAGAGGCCAUCGGGAAGCUUCAGGAGGCAUACUCCCUCACGCGCUCUUCGACCGCUUUGUGCAACUAAUGGAGAUCGGCGUUCCCUCUGAGAAGAAGCCAGACAGUCCGAGCAAGAAGAAGAGCAUGCCAGAGCAGAAGACGAAGCUGACUAGCUUCUUCGGAGUCAAGCCGAGCGGGGCUGGUCCCGACAAAGGCAAAGCAGCGUGA